CAAAGUAAAAGUACCCCAGCGAGUAUAUCAUAACUUUCAGACAACAUAUUAAUGUGGGUAUGAAACAUAUGUUCCUUUAAGAGUUAAAAGUUUUAAUUUGCAUUUGUGAAUAAAAAACUUGAGAGCUUCAUGGAAGACGCAGAGAAAAUAAUAACAACCAUGGAAGAGAGAUUGCUACUGAGCAAAGAGAUCGAGGAAGAAGAAAAAAGAGGAAAGUUACUGUGUUGGGAAAGUUUCUUUGAAGAAGUGAAGAAGGUUGGAACUAUAGCAGGGCCUUUGGUGGCAGUGGUAUUAUCACAGUAUCUGUUGCAGGUUAUUUCAACGAUGAUGGUUGGUCAUCUUGGAAAGCUCUCUCUCUCUAGCACUUCCAUUGCUAUAUCUCUUGCCGCUGUUACUGGUUUCAGUGUUCUUCAAGGAAUGGCUAGUGCGUUGGAAACACUAUGUGGACAAGCUUAUGGAGCAGAGGAAUAUCAGAAACUUGGACUUCAAACCUAUACUGCUAUAUUUUCAUUAUUCUUGGUCUGUUUUCCCGUAUCUUUGUUAUGGAUUUUCAUGGGAAAAUUGCUGAUUUUGAUAGGCCAAGACCCUCUAAUUUCUCAAGAAGCUGGAAAAUUCAUAAUCUGGCUUAUUCCAGCCCUAUUUGCUUAUUCAGUUCUUCAACCAUUGGUUAGAUAUUUUCAGACACAGAGUUUGAUAAAACCUAUGGUCAUAAGCUCCUGUGCAACACUCUUUUUCCAUAUUCCUCUUUGUUGGGUUUUGGUUUUCAAGUCUGGAUUUGGUAGCCAUGGAGGUGCAUUGGCAAUUGGUAUUUCAAAUUGGUUGAAUGUGAGUUUGCUUGGAUUGUACAUGAAGUUUUCUUCUUCCUGUGAAAAAACAAGGAUUCCAAUUUCUAAAGAAUUGUUGCAUUUCCAAGCCAUUAAGGAGUUUCUACAACUUGCCAUUCCUUCUGCAUUAAUGUUAUGCCUUGAAUGGUGGUCAUAUGAGCUGAUUAUUCUAAUGUCUGGCCUUUUACCAAAUCCGGAGCUUGAAACCUCUGUUCUGUCUGUAUGUCUCAAUACCAUUGCAACACUCUACACAAUUCCAUUUGGGUUUGCUGCUGCAGCAAGCACAAGAGUUUCGAACGAAUUAGGAUCUGGGAACCCCAAAGGUGCUCAAACCGCUACCCGUGCGGCAAUAUUUCUUGCAGUGGCAGAAACAAGUAUAGUGAGCACAAUUUUGCUUCUCGCACGGCGAAUUUUCGGUUACACAUUUAGCAAUGAGAAAGAAGUUGUAGAUUAUGUGACAACAAUGGCUCCUCUGGUUUGUGUGUCUGUAAUUUUGGACAGCUUACAAGGAGUCCUUUCAGGUGUGGCUAGAGGAUGUGGAUGGCAGGAAAUAGGGGCUUAUAUUAAUCUAGGGUCAUUUUAUCUUUGUGGAAUUCCAGUUGCUGCCAUUUUGGGUUUCUGGGUUAAGCUUAGAGGAAAAGGCCUUUGGAUUGGAAUACAACUUGGUGCUUUUUCGCAAACGGUUCUCCUCUAUCUUGUAACCUACUUCACCGAUUGGGAAAAACAGGCAAUUAAGGCAACAGAGAGAUAGUAUAUGGGAAUAUCAAUUGUCAUCGAUCAAGCAUAUAAAUUCAAGUGUGUGAAAAACUAAAACAAGGAUCUUGUCUUGAAUUUCAAGUUUGGAUUAAAUCACUUUAUAUAUAUAUAUAUAUAUAUAUAAUGUGUAUUGUUUCGUUAGGAACAUCGAAUAGCAAAGUUUUAUGAGCAUGUGGUAUCUAAUUGCAUCGUACACUUAUAAUAAAUAGAAUGUAUAAUUAGUUGAAGUAA